AUGUCUGUCCAAAUCAACAGCUUCAACAGCUACGACAUUGACAAGACGAAGAACAAAAGUGCCGGCAUCGCCCUCCUUAAACAGCGUGAGGAUGCCACCGCUUUACUUUACGCAGACCCCCACAACCCCAUGAGACAUCUUCAGCGUGGCACGGUGCAUUUUGAGCUUGGAUACCCCGAUCUUGCAGCUGCUGAUGCAUAUCGUGCGCUGACUUUGUUUGAGGCUGUGAUUGAUCCGGAUUCUAGCGAGUACAAGGCACAUAAAAGGGUGGGGUUGGAUUCCGUGGAUUCGAUUGGUUCCCUUGGGUUUGUGGAUGGGGUUGCGAGCAGGCAUAUUCGAGAUGCUGAGAAGAGCAGUGGUAAUGAUCAUGGCAAUUCUGAAGACGGUGAUGAAGAAGAUGAAGAGGAGGUCUGUUUUGAACCCGUUUCUCAAGACGAAUAUACGGAGCAUAUAUGGCAGGUGUACAUCUUGCUCGUGAAAAGCCUUGUUCAGUGUGGUUGUAUGAGAGAUGCAUAUCAUUUCUGCAUACAAGCUAUGAACCUGUCCGGCGUUGACUUUAAAUGCAGCUUCGAUGAGUUAGAAGAGCAGCUGAAUACCAUCAAACGCUCGUGUGUGGCAUCCCUGCGGUCCCGGAAGCGGAGAGAGAGACGGGUGCUUAGUUCUGCUAUUGAAGACCAAGAACAAGAAACCGAUGACGAGCUGCUGGCAGAAUUUGAGCCUGCGCAUCUCGACGGUCAGGGGUUUGCGAGGAGGGUUUUGUAUCCCUGGAACACACACGAGCCAGACCGCCACGCGCCUGAGACUUUGCAGCUGCUGAAUGAAAGGCUUAAGAAAGUGGCUCCCAAAUGCGAAGUGCGCUCCAUCGCCCUGCCUGCACUAUAUGAUAGUACCACAGACAGCACAGCAGCUGGUAAAGGGGGAGAAGGAGAAAAAACUUCCGUCCAACUCGGUUUAGUAGCAACUCAAAACAUCGCGCCUGGAGAGACUUUCCUCCACGAGUCAUCCUUCCUAACCGCGACGAAUCGCCUACAUGACGACCUGUGCGAUGCUUGCAACGGACCAAUCCCGGAUCUCUCCGCCGCAGACCCCUCCGUCGCCUGCGAGAAUUGCCAAGAUACCGUAUUUUGCAGCCAGGAGUGUCACGAUCUCGCUCAGAGUAUCUACCACCCAGCCGAGUGUGGGAAAGAGGGCCUCGAGGCCAUUGGAAAGGACAUCCAGGACCCGAAAGAUAAGGCCGAUUACUUAUAUCUUCUCCUGCUACGCCGCGCCAUCGCCAUGGUGGCCACGCAGCGCAUACAUCCACUAGACUUGCAGGAGGUAAAGUACAUCUGGGGCGAUUUCUACCCGCUCGAUGAUGGGUUGCUCCCACCACCUCCACCGCCUCCACCUCCUCUUCUUCCUCCAUCAUCACCAUCACCUCUCCAAUCCUCCCAACCCCCUUCGGCAACCCUCCCCUUCUCCUUCCACCUAACAAUCCUCCAACCCACCCGCCUCCUCGAAGAAAUGGGGCUGGAUCCCUUCACCACCCUCCCCCUCUACGACACCUGGAUCCUAAACACCCUCUACGCCAAAUUCCGCGGUACGGCCUCAGGCCGCCUGUCAACCUGGGAUGGGGGCCCGGAAGUCUGCGCCGUGCACCCGCUCUGGUGUCUGGCGAACCAUUCCUGUGAUCCGAAUGUGCGUUGGGAAUGGGGUGGGAAGAUUACGUUUACAGCUAGGGGGGAAGAGGAGAGGGUUAGAUGGGGGGGUAGGGGUGGAGAGGUUGAGGUAGGAAGCGGCAGGGGGAGGGGGAUUAGGAAGGGGGAAGAGAUUUUAAAUUAUUAUUGUGAUGUGGGGUUGGGGGUGAGGGAGAGGAGGGAGUGGGCAAGGGGGGCGUUGGGGGGUACGUGUCUGUGUGAGAGGUGUAUGUGGGAGGAGAGAGACGAGAGAGGUGAAGGGGUUCUGAAGAACUGA